AUGAAGUUCUCGAUAACUUUCGAAAUCACGUUCUGUCAAGCCGCCGGCGAUCAAGGCCAGACGGAAGAGGGGCGCGGGGAUACCAAAUCCUCAGCGGCCACCCCCCGCAAAAGCUGGCGGGCUAAAGCACGGGAGGUGUGGGCCCGCCUGAAAGGGCCCAAAAGGCAGCCGAAGACAGAUGGGACGAAGGAGGGCAUAGAAGCCCUCAGGCGAAUCGUCGAAUUGGAGGGGAGGUUGGAGGCGCAGGGGGCGGAAAUUUUGGACCAGCUGGAGUCUCUCCAGACCCAACUCGACUCUAUCCAGAGUCUUCUUUGGGCGACCAACACGAGGAAUAUCGAGACUAGCACGUGCAGCGACGAUGAUGCGGCCACCGGGGAAGGCGAGAGUUCGGAUGACACCACGACUUCUGACUCCCAAGAUAGCCAGCCCUCUACUGCUCCCAUUUUUGGUGGGCGGCAUGAGGCAGCUGGCCAUUGGAGUGGAGGUCGGGUGCUCAGUCCGGACAGCCUUCCCGCUAGGUUCCGGUGCUGCCGGUCAGGGUCCUGCACGCAUGAUAUCGCGGUUUCAGCGAUAGGAGGCGUGCUCAGGCCAGAAGUCUCUUGGUCCAGCCUGAGAACCUACCGUACGGGGCUCUCUGGCGGGUCUGGGACGCCUGAUAAUACUGUCGCUCCGAACUCCAACUAUCAUUCUGCUAAAGGAGGUGCCUCCGGAGGGUAG